AUGGCUACCAUUCUGGGCACAGGUGAUCUUCUGGCGUACAAUGCAAAGCACCGUGUAUUAAUCUGCCGAGAGUGCCAGUACGCCAUUCAGAAGAGUGCACUUGGAAGCCAUCUCCUCCGGCACAAGGUUUAUCGCCGAGAGAGGCAACGUUUGUUGUCUGCCAUUGCCCAGCUCGAAAUCCUGGAACCGGAUGAUGUGCAGCUUCCCUCGGCAAGCUCUCUGCCGGUGGAAGGCCUGCCCACUAUCUCGGGCUAUGGCUGCACAGCCGCCGGGUGCGGGAAUCUGUGUGCUAGCUCCAAGCGCAUGAGGCGCCAUUGGAGCGAGAAGCAUGGUGAGAGCGAUCCGCCGCCGCCGUUUUCCCGCCCAGUACUCCUUCAGACCUUCUUCCGAGGAACAAGGCUGAGGUAUUUCGAGGUCCGGUCCGGGCCACUUCAGGAGAGGACUGGGGCGCCACUUGUGCCACCAGCGAUUGAAGAUGGUAUCGAAUCUGUUGCCUCCCCAACAAUAGCUGAUCGCCCGCAUACACCCGUACCACGUCUUCCCGUGCAGCCCGGGUCGGGCGGCCUAGACCUGGGGACGCUGCGGUAUUUUCAUCACUUCACCACCAUAACUAGCUCGACACUUCCCAGCUCCGAAAAUUCACUCUCAACGUACUGGCAGGUGGACGUGGUUGCACAAGCCUUGCAGUUAGGCUGGCUCAUGUCCGGGUUGCUAGCCAUCUCGGCGAGUCACGCCGGCACGCUUUCUGAAGAGGGAGCGAUCAGGCAAGCGCACUUCGUUCAAGCAGCGCAGUUUUCUCAAGAUUUCUUUUCCGGAUGGGAAGAGGCCAAGCGCAAGUCUUGCUCCACCCCUGUCGAGGGAACCAAGGCGGGUGCACAGAUGGCUUGCAUUCUACAAUGUUGCCAAUGGUCGUCCGAGGCAUCAGCCACGGUUUCCGAGUUGACGGCGGCACCUUUUCGGUUGCGACUCUUUAUCAACACCAUUCGAGGUUGUUCCGAUCCGGAGUUUGCCCUCCGCUCGGCAGUUGGUAGUGAGGAUAUGUCAGGAGAAGAAGCGUCUGGUCGAGGUACAGCCGAUCAGGGAGGGGGCUCAAAUGCUAGUACCAUAGCAGCCGGUACUGGUACUGUACCUCCCACGCUUUUACAACACAUCCGCUCUCUCCCUUCUCGGAUGCUCGAACCAUUAGGGAAACCGGACAGUGCGUUCGACUUCUUUGCCACGUUGUCUGCGAUUGAUACACUGGCUGAGUCCUGUUCUUCAAGUUACUUCUCGGAAGACACGAGGACUGUCUGGAUGGGCAUGGCGUCGUGGCUGUGGAGGGUACCGGCUCACUUUCGUCAGAUGGUGUGGCGGAAGUGUCCUGCCGCCCUUGUUGUGUUGGCUCACUGGUCGGUGUUGGUCGAACGAGCUGAGUCUUGCUACUGGUUCUUGAAGGGUUCGACGGCCAAUUUGCGAUGGCAGGUUGCGCAGGAGCUCCCAGAUGAUGAUAGUAUUCGAGGCCUGGUGAACGGUAUGCCUGUUGUUGAAGAGACGACCACAGGGGCUUGA